GACUUCCCCCGACCGCCCCUAUACAAAAUACGUUAUUUCACGUGUGAAUUACAAAACCGGGUCCAGCUCGUGUUUCCGUGGGACUUCCCUCGUAUGCUUCGCGGCCGAUUUCCCACCUUUAUCAACCCCAUCAAUACUCUUCUCCCUCUCCUCCUACCUGUUUCUUCUUCUUUUCAACCAACGCUUCUUCUUCCAUGGACUUGGAAGACUCAUCCUCAUCCAACAGUCAUUCUCCACCACACGUGCCACCCGUACCCACUUUCAAGCGCAAGGCGGGCCGGAAGAAGUUCAAAGAGACCCGCCACCCGAUCUACCGAGGUGUGCGACAGCGGAACGGCGAGAAAUGGGUGUGCGAGGUGCGGGAUCCUCACACGAAGAGUCGAAUAUGGCUCGGCACAUUCCCUUCCCCUGAUAUGGCCGCUCGUGCGUAUGACGUGGCGGCUAUCGCGCUGCGGGGGGUGUCGGCCCCACUUAACUUCCCGGACUCGGCGUGGGUCCUACCGCGCGCUCGGUCGUCCUUGGCUGCGGACAUACAAGUUGCAGCUGCUACUGCUGCUGAAGCAUUUCGCCCUACUACAAGAGGAGCAGCAGCUUCAUCGUCAUCGUCAACUACUUCCAAUGACGUGUCAUGCAUAGAAAGUCCAAAGAAAGUUCCGGAACCUUCGAUGGGUUACGUUGACGAGGAUGCGCUGUUCAACAUGCCGGGCAUACUUAACGACAUGGCAGAGGGAUUGCUUCUUCCUCCGCCAUCUAUGCAAAAAGAUUUUAAUUUUGAAGAGGAAGACUGCCACGUGGACUUCACUCUGUGGAGUGACUGACUAACUGCUACAGAUUUUCCCCGUACAACCGGAAGCGGAUUGGCGGAGUAACCCGACCUGUCUGGUGUGGGUACGGGUCGUGCGAAGACGAGCGGCUGAGGCUUCUCGAGCUCAAAGUUACAGGCCCACAAUGAUGUAUUUUUUUAUAUCCAUACCGUUCAUUCAUUUGGAGAGAUCAUUUAUGAGAAUGAACCCAAAAAUAACGUAUAUCCAAAGAUUAAGUGGACCACACCAAAAAUAGCAGUGAGACAAUAAUUCUCACCGUUAAAAUAUUUAUAAGGCCCACCGUAACGUUUAUUUUCCUUCCAAUCUUAUCAUAGGGUCACCCAUACUUGGAUGGAAAGAUAACACAUUCCUGGAUGGAAAGGAAAAAACAAAUAUCAUAUUGAUCCAAAACUUAUGUGACCCUAAAAGGGUUUCAACGGUAGUCAUUCAAUCCCCCAUCCAUUUGAUCUUUACAUCUUUCUUAUUUUCGGCUCAAGCCUUACAAUGAACUCGCCAAAUAAACCUACGGGUUGGAUAUAACACAUGCCUCAUCAUGCGACUCACGGAACUUAGACAGGUCGGUGGUGUGUGGUACACCAGUCAAUCCGGUUACGAAGAGCCUUCCGUUGUCUGGGAGGCGGUUGUACUUACAGAAAUUAUUUAAAAUUUCUUUUGGAUUUUUUUUCCUAAGUGCCCGUGACACGCCCAAAAGGUGCAUAAUGGUAUGGAUUUUGGGACAAGGGAUUAUUAUAUAAGCGUCUGUGCCACUUUGGCAUGGACUGCCAGCCUUAGCAGUUCAAUCUCUGCAGCAAC